UUCCUGCAGCACAAGGCCAAGAUCGAAGAGAUCAAAAGGAAUCGCGACUUGACCUUGAGCGAAGACAUCGCUUGGAUGAAGGCUCAAUCAGCUGAAAACGCUCGCUUGAAUAAGCGUAAGGCGGACCAGCGACGAGAGCAAGAAGAGGAGGAGACGAUGUCGAGUCCCACUGACGAGGACUCGCUAUUCGUCGGGGAGUCUACGCGAACCGAUGACGACGAGCGAAUUGAGGGUUCCUCUGCAGGACAACGUCGCCAAGCCUCAAUUCCGCGGAAGACUCCGAAGCCAGAUCGCCUCAAGGGCAGUAUGGAAAGCAUGUUAGUCGGGUACAAGGCCUUUGAAGAUGAUGGAAAGAAGAAAAAGAGACAGAUGCUUGAGGCCCAGGCAGCAGCUCUGUCCAAAGGCAAGGGAAGGGGGAAGGGGAAGGCCAAGGCCACCAGCAACACCUCCAACGCCAAGAAAGGCAAGGGUGCUGCCAAAGCUGGUGGAAAAGUGGCUAAGAAAGCCAAGUCCGCGAAAUACGUUGGACCGAACAUGACGGACGUUGGCAGUUUGUUCACCAGCAACGUUUUCAAAGACCAGGAAGGGAACGAGGACCGCUCAGACCAACCGACCUUUGAAAAGGGAAGGAAAGAUCAAGCUUUGAAGCAACUGAUUGCAAGUGUACCACUGGAGCACCAGAAGUCUGCUCGCGCCGACAGAAAGGUGUUGCUAGCGGCCACUAAGGACUUCACAGGCCACGGCAGCUGCAAACCCGACAAUGACGGCAAAUGGCUUGUCAAGGGCAUGAAAACGUCACUGAAGAGUUAUCAGCUUCUCGGAAGUGCCUUCAUGCGCCGCCGAGAGACCGCGGUGGACGAACCUCGUGGAGGCCUGAUAGCGGACCAGAUGGGCUUGGGAAAGACAGUCAUGAUGCUUGCUAAUAUCAUCAACGGAAAGGCGCCAAAAGACAAGAAAGACGGCCGCGCUACCUUGAUCGUGGCGAGCCCAGCUCUCGUAGAGCAAUGGAAAGAAGAGAUCAAAGUGCAUUGUCAGCCAUGGGCUACAGGUGCUGUCAUGACCUGGCGGGCAGGCAAUCGACUCGACUCCACGGAAGCCUUGAGUAUCAUGGACUCGCAUGAUAUUAUUCUCACUACGUACACAGAUGUCAUGAAAUCCUACCCAAAGACGGAGCCGCCAAUUGAGAUUCUUGAUCCCGAGGACAAGCAGGCAUGGUGGGUGAACGAGUGGGAAGAGAAGAGAGGCCCUCUGCACCGCAUGCGCUUCCUCAGGGUUGUGCUCGAUGAGGCGCAAGCCAUCAAGAACCAUACCGGCCGUACCUCGAUAGCCUGCCGGGGCUUGAUGGCUGAUCACAAAUGGGCUCUCAGCGGAACGCCUGUGAUGAACGGAAUCACGGAGCUUUACCCGUACUUCAAGUUCCUGAACGUUCCGCAUACCGGCAGUUUCAAGAUCUUCAAGGCAAACUACUGCAACAAGUCAGAUCCGGAUACAACUCAGCGGCUCCUUGUCCGGCUCAACGCAUUCAUGAUCCGACGCACGCACAAGGACAUCAUGUUCGGCGCACCAAUUCUGAAGCUCCCAAAAGCUACGCCAAUUACGCAUUGGUGCGAGUUCAACGAUGUCGAGCGUAGUGUCUAUGACAUUGUGAGGAAGAGGUUCAUUGCCCGGAUCAACUCGUUUGCUUCCGCAGGCCAGCUUGAAAAGAGUUACACUAACAUCUUCGUUAUGCUGCUUCGGCUACGCCAGCUUACCGGCCAUAUACUAACGCUUCAGUUGACCAUGCAAGAUCUCUUGGAGAUGGAGGAUAUCGAGAGACUAAAGCAGCUGACACAAUCUGAGGAGGUCGGCGAGACGGAUCGUGGACGCCAGAUCGUCUCAAUCCGCACGCAACUCACCGCCAUGAUCAAGGAAAUCCGGGAAGCUGAUAAGAACAAGGGCGCCCCCCGCGGUUCGCCGGCCGAAUCAAGCGUUCAACGAGGCCCCUCUAGCGACGCCGACCUAGCGGACAAAGAGGAUGAAGAUGAAGAUGACGAGAUGGACGAAGUCUCUAGCGGCGACGCCAUCAUUAAUACCGGCGGAGGCUUUGGCAUGAAGUACGAAUUCAAGCCAUACCUCGACACGCUCACAAGUGGCAAGAGGUGGGAAGCUAUCAAGGAAAAGGCCAAGUGCGCAAAGUGUCACGAAACACCCAUCGACCCAUGGCUCACUGCUUGCUCUCACAUCUACUGCCAAUUGUGCCUCGAGGAUCUCCAACUCGAAGCAGCCACCACCGGCAGAGACCGCGCAGUCUGCUCUCACUGCGCGCAAAUGUUCAGCUACUCGGUGCCGUGCGAGGACGACCACCCGGACGGCUCAAGCCGGGGAAGUUCCCUCGAUUUCAGCGGCGACGAGGGAGAAUCGAGCACUAGGCACCGCGCCCGACGUUCGCGGAAGAGCAAGGACGUCAGGCCCGAGAGAGAGACCAUCCCAGACGACUGGAUCGACAUGUCCGGAAAUGCAGUGUUGCCGAGCGCCAAAACCCUUGCUAUCAAGGCGCAGGUGCUGAACUGGCUGCAUGAGGCCCCCAACACCAAGAUCAUCAUCUACACGCAGUUUCUGGCCAUCAUCCGCAUCCUCUCGAAGAUCUGCCAAGAGGAACAGUGGAAUUAUUGCGAGUAUCAUGGAAGCAUGAGUCUCACAGCCAGAAGCAACACCAUCAAGACGUUUGCGGAAGACCACAGUAGGAAGAUUCUCCUUGCGUCGCUCAAGUGCGGUGGGCUUGGACUCAACUUGACCAUGGCUUCUCGCGUCAUUGUGGUCGAUCCUUGGUGGAAUCACGCCAUCGAGCAGCAGGCCUUCUGCCGUGUCUUCCGCUAUGGCCAGGAGUCGAAGACUUAUAUGACCCGCUUCUGUGUUCGUAACACGGUGGAUGAGAAGCUCAUCAACAUGCAGGAGCGGAAGACGGCAGAGAUUGACGAGGUUAUGGAGGACGACGGCAAGACUAUGAAGAAGUUGGGCAUGAGGGAUCUCUUGCGACUCUUCGGACCGGUGCGUGAGGCCGAGGACGGAACUCCGUUCAUCUUGGUCGACGAUCCUCAGAACAACGGCUGCGUCGACCCGGAGUACGAAGAUGAAGACCUUUGAACAGCUUGUUUGGGGGCCGGAUUAGGGGAGCUGGGUGGCUUUGGUGGAGUUUGAGGGCUUCUAAUAUGCAGACUGAUGGUGACUGACCUACGGUGGUGGCUUGGUUUCUAGUUCUGGCGUUCGGGUUUGCUUUGCUUCCUGGUUUAUCAGCUCACGCGGCUUACGAAUUAGACUCACUAGAGUCUCUAUUUGUGGCAGGCGGAGAGCGUCGGAGGCGUCUUGAGGGGCGGGGCUCAUCCGUUUGAGAGACUUGGCAAUCUGCCUGCUUUUUUCUUCUCUUCUGAUGGCGGCGUCAGAUUUGACGGCCUUGGAGAUAUCUGCUUUCAUUUCCACCCCUGGGUAGCUAGACAGACCUAGAUAAAAGUUCUUAAGUCAAACGAUGG